AUGACCAGAACAUCUUCGAUAAUCCUGCGGCCGCGACCAUGCCUCGUAUUGCUUUUGUCAGCUCUGAUAUUCACUCUUUUAUCUGUCAUUUUUCAUUUUCAGAGAGCUGAGCAUAAGACUCUCUGGACGAGAGAUAUCGACCGCAACAGCACAGUCACCCCAAAGGUUCUUAUCAACUGGGAUGAUGCUAUUGAGAAAGGCUAUGUACUUUCAUGUGCUAUGGAUGAUACCGUGGACGGCGCUGCUCACUACAUGCCUAAAAACGUUCCUGUCAACAGUCAAUUUGUGCAAUAUAGCGAUCUGGCAGCCUGGGGAUGGAGUUCCAGCAGUGGCGAUGAAAAUGAAAAUUUCAUCGUGAAGGCAUUCCAAAAGGACCUUACAAGUAUAGACAUAAACCCUGACAACUUUAUCAUGGUCAAGCUUGAUCAUGAUCAACCGAGAACAGUGGACGAACAGGAAUAUCCGCCAUCUGGGGGACGCUACUAUAACUUCUAUAACACCCAGGAUGGUGCUAUAAUAGUAGCAAAUAUGAAUAGCCCAGAAGAUAGUGCAGAUCACAAAUUACCCCGAUACCCCAAAUGUGCAAGAUGGUCCGAUGUGACCUUCCUUCAAUGGCAACAAAUUGCGGGACAGAACAUAGGCAACCUCAAGCAUGUUUUUUACAGUGCAGUUACAAAUGACGAUACGCUGGAACUCAUGGCAACGGCACUAGACAAGGAGGAAGAAUGGUACUACGAAUCUGAGUAUGACGGGCUAGCUAAAGGCAAAUCAUUCCUUCCAGGACAAGAACAGUAUGAAGCCCUCCUAUACAGCCCAAAUAUACGGGGUUUGGCAUGGCUUCUGAUUCAGCAUAAACCACAACUUGGUAUCAGAAGGAUUUCUAAGAUUACAAUUUUCGGGAAAAGAACAACUGAAGUGUGCUAUGCAGCUAUUUACUUGGAGAUUGAAGAAGUUUCGUGA